GGUAUCAUGCAGAUAUUUGUUAACGCUCUUAGCAACAAAACUGUUACAUAUAACGUUGAAUCUUCCGAAACUAUCGGAGCCAUUAAGGCUAGAAUUCAAGAAAUUGAGUCUAUUCCAACAUCUGAGCAAUCUUUAUAUUAUGGAGGAAAACCACUUGAUAAUGAAUGCACACUUGCUGACUACGCUAUCGGAAACCUUUCAACCAUCCAUCUUAACCUUGAGCUUCUUGGAGGAGGUAAAAAAAGAAAGAAGAAGGUCUACACAACCCCAAAAAAAAUCAAGCAUAAGCAUAAGAAAGUUAAACUUGCUGUUUUAAAAUUCUACAAAGUCGAUGACUCUGGAAAAAUCACUCGUAACAGAGUUGAAUGUAACAGUGCUAGCUGUGGUGGAGGUGUCUUUAUGGCUGAUCAUGGAAAUAGACAUUACUGUGGAAAGUGCCACAAUACCCUUGUUCAACAAGGUUCUGCCAAAACUGGAGCAGGAAAGAAGAAGUAA